AUGGCUUCACAAUAUGAAUUCUUUGCGACAAUUAAACUGGAAGCAAUUUGUGUGUUCUGUAAUGUUAUGCAAUGCCUGUGCGACUGUGACGAAGUUUUUAUAGUAACAAAAGGCGAUCAUAUGUAUUUGUCAGGAAUUGAUGUCGAAGGUUGGCCAAAUUCCGUUAUCAAGUUGAAAGCACGAAUAUUUUCGGAGUAUCACGCAUCAUAUGAGAAUUCCUAUAAACUUCCUUCACCUGGAAUCAAGCCGAUUUUUAAGUGUCUCACUAAGAUCACGAAAUUAACGCUCUAUGUUAAACGAAAUUCUGACCGCAUAGUCUUCGAAAUUGGUGAUCAAACGGCUGAUCUUAUGAAAUUCUCCCGUAAUUAUGCCAACCUUGCAAAUUUCGGUACUUUGGUCUCAGACAUUGAUCCUAAGGAUUGCAAAAAUAAAUGGAUUGUUGACCCAUUGAUCGUGAAAAAUUGGUUGAAUGAGUUAGGUCGAACGGUGAACGAUAUCACACUUUAUCAUACACUUGAUGUACUUCACAUAGAAGCAGUUGAUACGAUGACAGAAGAUGAAGCAAACUCUAUGGAAAGUGAUCUUAAAGUACAUUUUGAAACUGAAGAAGACCGAACAUUGACGAAAUUGAAUCUAUUUCAAAUGCCAAUGCUUUUUAAUUCAGAAAACGAAUUUAUUAAAAUGGAAGCAAUGAUGUAUGGUAGUAGGGCUGGCUCAACAGAUCCAAAUAGCGUAAGGAUUCCGCAAGCAACAAUGGAUGUUUUGGAGAGAAAUGAACAUCUGGAAGAUAUAGAGAUGCUAAAUAUUCCAGAGGGUGGAUUGAUUUCUGUAGAAGACAGAAUGUUGUUACAAUGA